AACUUGUCAACUGAUCCGGUUCAGUUAGUGGCGGCUCCUCUCUCAACGGUUGUCAACUGCGGACGUCCAGUGCCCCGCCCCUCCGUUGCCAUAACAACAAUACACAACGCCUCCGUCCCCUUUUCCCAUCUUCCGAAGCAAUCCUUCACUGGGGCCGAGACCCUCUCCAGCUUGUCAUUGAGCGGAACCAGAGUCCGCUCCCUUCUGGGCAGGAGGAUUGGACGAGGACCCAGCUUGAUCGGACGCCAGCCUUCAGCAGGGAAGAAAGAUGUCAGAUGAAGACGAUCUGGAAGAUUUUGAGCCAGACCAGGAUGAUCUGGAAAGGGAGGACGAUGAGAAGGACACAGAAGAUUGGGAAGAUGACAGGAAAGAGGAGGAAGACUUAUCAGAGGAAUGGAUGCCGACCCCCCUCACCGAGGACAUGAUGAAGGAAGGGCUUUCUUUGCUCUGUAAGACCGGCAAUGGAUUGGCCCAUGCUUAUGUCAAGCUGGAGGUUAAAGAGAGAGAACUGACGGACAUCCAGUUGCUGCGUUCCUACAUCCAUCUGCGUUACGUGGAUAUUUCUGAGAACCAUCUGACGGACGUGUCCGCACUCAAUCACCUCACCCACCUGCUCUGGCUCAAGGCUGACGGCAACCGGCUGCGGAGUGCCCAGCUGAACGAACUGCCUUACCUGCAGAUUGCCAGUUUUGCCUAUAACCAGAUCACUGACACGGAGGGCAUCUCUCAUCCUCGUCUGGGCAUCCUGAACCUCAAAGGGAAUCACAUCCGCCUGGUGACAGGUAUGGACCCCGAAAGGCUGAUCAGCCUGCACACACUGGAGCUUCGAGGGAACCAACUGGAAAGCACAGUGGGGAUCAACCUUCCUACGCUGAAGAACCUCUUCCUGGCCCAGAAUAUGUUGAAGAAGGUGGAAGGCUUGGAGCACCUAAAGAAUCUCACUACCUUGCAUCUUAGAGACAACCAGAUUGACACUCUGAGUGGCUUCUCCGAGGGAAUGAAAUCACUGCAGUACCUCAACCUGAGGGGCAACAUGGUAUCCAACCUGCAGGAGCUCGCCAAGCUUCAGAACCUGCCCAAGCUUCGAGCCUUGGUGCUGCUGGACAACCCGUGUACAGAUGAGAGUGACUACCGCCAGGAGGCCCUGGUGCAUAUACCACAACUGGAACGCCUGGACAAGGAAUUCUUUGAGGAGGAGGAUCGGGCCGAGGCCAAUGAGAUUCGUCAGAGGAUGAAGGAGGAGCAGGAGCAGGAGCAGGAUGCUGAGACUGAGCAAGACAUAGGGCCGGACCAGCCAUAGAUGUAGCAGCGGUUCUUCUGGUUCUUCUCGUCUUCAGCGAUAGGGAUCAAAGACACUGGCUCCCAGACCUGAGAUUGGCAGGGUCCACCACAGGCACGCCCCAUCCGGAGACAGAGGCUGCCUGCCGCCCAGGCUCUGUGUGGGCACCUGGGCAGAGGGGUGGGUGGGCUCGAGCGCUGCCUGGAGCCUAGAAGUGGGCAUCCUUCAGGCAGAUCCGGUUGCCUGCGGAGACGGGCUGGGCUGUGUAGGAACAGCUCGGUUUCGAAUAAAGAGAUAUUUUGAUA